CAACAUAAUGCGACCCGUUUGGCCCUCCCGUCAUCUGGCACAGCCGAUGCACAGAUAACACAAGAUACACCACAACGCACAAAGCACUUAGCACUUAGCACUUAGCAAAGCAGAAAAAGAAACGGAGAUCCUCCUUUUCCGAUAUCCAUAUCCCAUCGCUGUAUCUCUCAUGAGAGCAAUGGCGGCCGCACGUGACUCCUUGACUGUCAAAUUGAUCGUCACUGUUAGCACGGUAUGUUUAGGCUCUCUCCAAUUCGGCUAUCACAUGGCGGAAAUGAACUCUCCAGGAGCAAUUCUUUCUUGUAGAGCCGACGUUCCUGGUCUGAAUCCUUACGAGCUGUCAUUUUUCGGCAGAAAUGGGUUUUCUUCAUGUAUUCCGCUCACAAACGAACAAGUGGGGUUGGCCACAUCGAUCUUCAGUAUUGGCGGGCUUGUGGGCUCAUUUUACGUGGGCACACUUGCUGAUUCAAUUGGGCGCAAGAAGACGGCGUUGCUUCACAACGUGUUUUUCUUUCUUGGCUCAAUGCUCAACGGUUUUGCCGGUACUUUCAUUGCUUUGAUGAUGGGCCGGUUUAUUGCUGGAAUUGGAGCAGGGUCUGCGCUCGUCAUAACAUCGUUGAUGAUCAACGAGAUUGCCCCGCCCUCGUACAAAGGCUUUUUAGGAUCAAUGAACCAGGUCUCGAUCAACAUCGGUAUCUUGUUUGCACAAUUCUUGGCUCUUGGAUGGAAUAACAACAACGACUGGCGGUACCUCUUGUUUAUGGGUAGCGCCAUCGCGGCGUUCAAUUUUGGCGCUAUUAUCCUCUAUGGCGAGGAGUCCCCUGUAUGGCUUUUCAACAAGGGGAUGGCUACUCAGGCUUUCACCACGCUUCAUAAAUUGCGUGGAGGAGAGUAUGCUGCAUCUCGCACUGAAGUCAACAGCUGGAAAACCAGCAGCUCUUCAACAGCCCCAGAGGAUGGUUCACUUUUGAACGAAGAAGGUGUGGAUACACGCGAGUCCGAGAGAGGAGAAAAUGGAGCAAUCUCCUUGAAGAAGUAUUUGACCUCGUCAGAGUACAACAACUCGAAGUUGGUGGGUACCGGGAUCUUGGUGCUUCAGCAGUUCUGCGGCAUCAACUCCAUCAUUUUUUAUGGUGUGUCGGUGUUGAUCAAUAUCUUUCCGGAAGCGGCUGUUCUCAUCAACUGUCUCAUAUCGAUAGUGAACACCUUAGUGACAUUCGCCUCGGCCCCGUUUGUGGAUAAAUUGGGCAGGAAGCCGCUUCUCAAAACAUCGGUCUGCAUGAUGGGCGUGCUGGCAGCGGUUUUGGGGUACGGAAUCUCGAGAUCAAAUGCAAUAUUUUCGAUCUUGGGUACAUUUACUUACAUCACUUUUUUUGCUGUUGGGCUAGGGCCCAUUCCGUUCUUAUUGGUAGGAGAAGUGACGCAGCCAAGAGCUAAGGCACUGGCACAGAGUUGGGGCGUGACCAUGAAUUGGCUUGCCACUUUUGUCGUCGGAUUUUUUUUUCCGAUCAUCAAAGAGUCUCGUAUUGGGGCAGGAGUGUACUACAUCUUCUCAGGUAUGUGUGGACUAGCAUAUUACUUCAUCAGUAAUUACAUUCCGGAGACUAAGGGCUGUAACACGUACGAAGAGGUAUGGUCAAACCGCUAGAGCGAAACACAAACAAAAACAAAAACCAAAAACUAGGAAAGAGAGACAAAAAACAUACUGCUUGUGGUGAGAAAUGAGACGAAGAAUCUUGGUCUACUGUAUGGCUGGGGUGUCGGCUGCAAACGCUGGUGUGGA